AUGGAAUUAGAAAAGAACAGCGAUGCUAAAAGCGAAAGGAGAUGCUUCGAUCAGAACUCUCAUUUUUCAUCUUAUUCCAAGGAAGCUGAGGACGUGCUUGUCAGAGAUGUUGCAGCAGAAACUAACCUCUCUGGUUUUGUCCAGGCAUGUUCUGCGAGUGUUUCGGAAUUAAAAUUUCCAGAGGAAAGCUUACCUUAUUUAAAUUCAUCUUUGGAUGCAGAUAUUGAAAUGUAUGAUAAAAACAGAAUGAGAAUUUGCUGUGCACAGGUAGAAGAAAGCAAGAAAGAAGCUGAUGUGUUGGAAGGGGCACGUGGCAAUGGGCACUGUAAUUGCAAGGUGUGUGGUGAUUGCAGACAAAGCCAUUUAGGUGAAGAUUCACAGCUGGAGUAUUUCAGUGCUCACGAGCAAGAUUUGUGUGAUAGGAAUAGAUCAAGUGAGUUUUCUGAGCAGAGGGAAACUAUAGGAACCGAAACCUUGAGGCUGAAAGAUCCAGAUGGUCAAGUUCCAAGGGGUGGAGUCACACAGGAGCAAAUUCUCCUUGAUGGGUCAGAAGAUUGUUCUCUGGCUUCUGAAUAUAGAGCAGGUGAUCAAACCUGCCCAGAAGCAGGUAUGCCAGAGCUCCCACACCUGCUUCAGGACUCUCUGUCUCUGCCAGAUUGCAGCGGCAUGACUUGUGAUCAUCAGGAAGAGCAAACAGAGUAUCAUAGUGUUGUUUGUGGAGGUGUACUUGAAAGUUGUUCUUGUGGGAGUAAAGAAAGGGUCUGUCCAAAUAAUUUUGCAUGUGAUGGAUUAGAAAACGGAGAGGUAAAAGACAUACCACUGAUUGACAGCACGCUGCCCCCCCACAUCGCUACCAGUGGAGAAGCGUCUGAAAAGAAUGACACACACAUUCACAACAUCUCAGUGAGCCAAGUCAAUCCUUUACUGUCAGCGAGGGAAAGGGCCCCUGCAGUAGCCAUGCAAUUUUGCAGUCACGUGGGGGACCCUGAUUUCUACUGUUGCGAAGAAUCCGGGGUGUGCGCACAUGGUGCCAGCUGUGUUGACCGCAAUACAACGGAUGCUGAAACCCAGUUUCCGGUCUCUGAAGUUCUCACUAGCGAGAAUCCUUUUUUUGGGGUGGAAAUUGCAGAUAAAUCAUCCCCCGGAAAUACCAGCCUGAACUCUGAGUUGGAUCGUCGUGAAACCUUGGAAAAUGUUGCUCGUGACUCUACAGUUAACCAGGCUGUUGGUGCAAGCUCUGAUUUUAGAGCUUGCUUUACAGCAAACAGAAGUACCAGUGCUCAGGUUUGUCUCUCAUCCAAGGCUAUUAAUACUGAUAUAACAAUUAUGAACAAAUCUCGACCCAUGGAAUGGCACCGUGAAACCUGUGGAGGUGUUGUUUACAAUACAGACUGGUCACAUGAAACUGGUAGUAGAGAGGAAAUUCAGUCACAGCUUACUGAGAUGCUGGAAAAACACUUAGAUGGAAAUAGUGCAACAGCUGGAAAAAGUUCACAAAUUCAGGAAUCAAAAAAUGAGCUUUCUAGCAGUGAUUUAAAGAUAAGCACUGCCAGGUCAAUACAAUUUGUCAAACAAGCUGCGAAGAACUGUGCAUUAAGCUACUGUCAUAAAGUACUGCAGAGAGCUAUUGAAGCAGAAUUGCAGGUUCUAAACAUUCAUUAUCAGCUGUGCUAUCAGCACUGUGUGAAGAUUUACAGACUGGCUUUGGAGGAAAAUGCAUGUUUUAGCAGAUGUACCGGAAGUACUGAAUUAGGUUCAUCUCUCGAGUUGAUUUUGGGAGAGCUAAGGAAGAGCUAUGACAGUAUGAGAAUGAAAAUAAAAAUGGGCGUACCUUUAAAUACACUUCCACCGCUGUCGGUUGAGAUUAAGGUGUUCUCAAUCUCUUUUUCUUAUGUCCCCUCCAAGUUGUUCAGAGAGGAUCUUUGCUGCUCUGGAAGAAAUGAAGAAGAGAGUGAGUCUUGGUUUGAUGCUAAAGAGGACUUGACAGUAGCACAUUUUUCAGUAACAGUUGAAGAAAACAAAAACCAACAAGAAAAACAAGACACGGUUGAUUUAAGAGAAGAGAAGAUGAAGGAGAGCGGAAAUGAAUGUUCUUUUACUGAUGUCGGUGGCUCAAGUUCUGCAGUGUUGAAGGGCGAUUUAAGACCACGUUUUCAGAAGUAUCGGAUUUCUGACACUCUUACUUCUGUGGAUUCUAGUAAUGACAGGUAUGGUUUUCUUUCCUCUGAAGACACUAGUAAAGCAAAGUUAGCUGUAGAGGAAAUGAACCAGAAAAAAAUAAAAGGAAAAACAGUAAGUAUUGAACUUGUAAAUAUUUCCUCAGAGAAUAAAUAUUUGGUUUCUCAAGUACUUACAAAUAAGCUUUGGCAGGAAAUCCAACCUGUUGAUAGCAGUCAAAGAAAUCAUCAAGAUAAAACACUCACUUCAGCUUCCAAUUUUGUGAAAGCACCUGACACCACCUCUGCUUCUCUGGGAAUGCGUCUCCUUCCUGAUACUGGAGAAAAUUCCCUGCAGAAGACAUCUACUCCUUUCUCUGCUAAUUCAUAUGAUGCCUUUAUUUCUCUUAAGGUGACCUUCAGCAGCUUUGCCAAAUUAAUGAAGAGACUUCAAGAAAUUCAUCCAGAGGCUAGCAAAGACCAAAUUGUGGAUGCUCUGCUGGAAGUGAGGAAAAACAACGGAGGUGUCCUAAGUGGCUUGUCCAUCAAUUCUAUUGUGGGAAGGACCUCUAUAAUUUUAAGGAAAUCGGCCCCCACUUGUGGCUGGGAGAAAGAAUCUAAAUAA